AUGGCGGAAUCAAUACUUACCCCAUACUCGAAGAAUAUAAUAAUAUUCAAGAGAAAGAUCCCGGCGGAGCUAUCAUUUGAAAAUAUAAUCAGGGGAAAGGCAUUCUCGCCAUGCUCCUUGGACGACUUCAUGAACUAUCUAAUGUAUAUAGAGCGAAGCGCAGAGAAUCUUCAGUUUUUCCUGUGGUAUUGUGACUAUGUCGAGAGAUGGACUCAACUGCCUAGAUCUGAGAGAGAAAGAUUACCGGUAUGGGGUUUAGGGAAGAGGGUAUAUAUGAAGCCACGUCCGCGGUCGAUAAAGAUGGAGGAGAGGAUAGACAAGCUAAACCGAACACUUACAGUUCUGGACGGAGACACACCGACAGCAACACAAGAAGUUAUGCUAGGCAGUAAGCCGGAAUCCAAGAUUGGUGUAGACAUAGAUUCCUCAAAGCCGCGAGCGUUAGCACUUUCAUCAGGGGUAAAGGACGGUGCUCAAGACGAGUGGCGAUGGCAACCUUUCUCAGCGCAGCCUUUCCGAGACGAGGUCACAGAAGUAACUCGCCAGUACAUAUCGACCUCUGGACCGCGGAAGUUGAACCUGUCCCAUGAAGACCGAAGUGCUUGUUUCCACGCCUUGCAACAUACGACACACCCGUCCAGCUUUCUUUUAGCCUUUUUGGCAGCUGAGACAGAGUUGCGAAGAUAUAGCCAUCCCAACUUCAUCCGCUGGAGCACUUGCAAUACCAGCCCCUCGCGGGUUCUGUGCGCGAGGGCGUCGAGCGUUAUCCUAAUAAUCUUAGCCAUCAUACUAAACAUAAUCCUCAUUCUCUCCAAAGCCAACCGCCUAUGCCGACUGUCUGCCGUGCCUCUGUGGUACGCCGGGUUCUACAUCUUAUUAAUAGAAGGACGCGGAAUAAGCGCCAGGCUAUAUAUGAACCAGAAGAGACAAUUGCGCCCGUGGGAGCAAGUCACGAGCUCGGAACUCGAAAGCGUGGAUUCGGGAGCAAACGCUGGACAAAUAGAAUUGGGCAAUAGCAGAAGCUCCCCCGAAAGCAAAACGCUAGAUACGUGGGUUGAGUUGUAUCGACAGAAGCCGAUCUGGCAGAGGAUAUUUGACGUCUCUGUGGUAAACCAUAACAGACAUCUGAGAGCUUUACAAGAUAGGGUCGUCUUUACAUCGUUGUUCUGGGCUUGUUUCUUAGUGGUGGUGUUGUCGUUUUAA